GGCACGCGAGCGAGCGCGGGCGCGCGGGCACGGGGCCGGGUCCCGCCGGCCGCCCAGGCGCCGCCCCCCGUCCUCCCCGCCCCGGCACGUCGGGGGGUUCCGGGCGCCGAGCCUGCAUGGAGGCGGCCUCGCCGGCGGGACCCCGCGUCCCGCAGCCGUACGCGCCGGGAGCGGCGGGCGCGCUGGGGAGCCUGCUGCGCGGGCUCAAAGGCCAGCUCUUCACCUGGAAUAUCUUGAAGACAAUUGCCCUGGGUCAGAUGUUGUCCUUGUGCAUAUGCGGGACAGCCAUCACCAGCCAGUUCCUGGCAGAAAAAUACAAAGUGAACACCCCCAUGCUCCAGAGCUUUAUCAACUACUGCCUGCUGUUUCUCUUUUAUACAGUGACGCUGGCGUUUCAGUCAGGUAGUGAUAACCUUUUAUCCAUCUUGAAGAGAAAAUGGUGGAAGUACGUCCUGCUCGGGCUAGCAGAUGUGGAAGCUAAUUACCUGAUCGUCAGAGCAUACCAGUACACCACUCUCACCAGUGUCCAGCUCUUGGACUGCUUUGGGAUCCCUGUGUUGAUGGCUCUCUCGUGGUUUAUUCUUUACGCAAGAUACAGAGCGACCCACUUCAUCGCCGUGGCUGUGUGUCUGUUGGGUGUGGGGACGAUGGUCGGUGCAGACAUCCUGGCGGGGAGGGAGGACAAUUCAGGCAGUAACGUCCUGAUUGGUGACAUCUUGGUCCUUCUAGGCGCUUCCCUCUAUGCUGUGUCUAACGUGUGUGAAGAGUACGUUGUAAAGAAGCUGAGCCGACAGGAGUUUUUAGGGAUGGUGGGCUUAUUCGGAACAGUGAUCAGCGGCAUACAGCUGUUGAUCGUGGAAUAUAAGGAUAUCGCCGGCAUUCCGUGGGACUGGAAGAUCGCUCUGCUGUUUGUGGCGUUUGCCCUCUCUAUGUUUUGCCUGUACAGCUUCAUGCCACUAGUGAUUAAAGUCACCAGUGCCACCUCUGUGAACUUGGGCAUCCUGACGGCCGACCUCUACAGUCUUUUCUUUGGACUCUUUCUGUUUGGCUAUAAGUUCUCCGGGCUCUACAUCCUGUCCUUCACCGUCAUCAUGGUGGGCUUCGUGCUGUACUGCUCCACCCCGACGCGCACGGCUGAGCCGGCGGACAGCGACGUGCCGCCCGUCACCAGCAUCGGCAUCGACAACCUGGGGCUGAAGUUGGAGGAGAACCUGCCGGAGGCCCACUCCGCCGCCUUGUAGCUGGAGAGGAAGGUGCCGAGCGUGGGCACCCGAGGCUUCCUGGGAAACCGGGGGCCGUCGCUGGGAGGCGGCAGAGCCUGCUAGGGGCAGAGGGGACUCUUGGAAAAUUAUUGGGGGGGGGCGAGCCCUGCGACAUUGGAUUGGAGCCAGUGGUUAGAUUUUACAAAGGAAUAGAAAAUAAUGCAUCAAAACUGGAAAUCCGAAAAUAGAGCAGAAGCUGAGGUGGGUAGGAUCGUGUGUCUGUGGGUUUGAGGACCAGUGCCAAGUCGUGCCAGGGAAACAGGGUGUGCGCCAUGCUGGGGUCUUGGAGGCACCCGAGGGAAAGCCUGGUGGGGCCAAUACCCAGGCGUGAUCCAGCCUCAGGGCGCGG